AUGGCGCCAAAGAAGAACGCUGCGGCGGCUGCUGCUAUCGCACCACCCACCACACAAACCACAACUACUAUCCCAUCCUCUACACCCAUUAAGAUACCCUCCAAAUCCUCUUCGCAAAAUCAAUCGCCUCAACAAGUAGCCAUCGGUAUCUGGCAAAAUUACCUCGAUAAAACACCACAAAGAACGAAGCUGAUCGACGUCUUCAUGUCAUUUUUGGUUGUAGUGGGGGUACUACAAUUUGUCUACUGUAUCUUGGCUGGCAACUACCCAUUCAACGCAUUUCUUUCUGGAUUCUCGGCAACUGUAGGACAAUUCGUUCUCACGGCUUCAUUACGCAUACAGACGAACGAGGAGAACAAGGCAGAAUUUAACUCCGUCUCUCCAGAGAGGGCUUUUGCAGAUUACGUUUUUGGAAGUUUAAUUCUACAUUUCUUUUGCGUUAACUUCAUCAAUUAG